AUGCCUGACUUUGUGCUGGGCCAGUGGAGGAUCAGCUGGACUCUGCCCCUGGCUCUGGGCUACCUCGGCUACCUGCUCCUGGGGGCCACCGUCUUCCAGCUGCUGGAGAAACAGGCCGAGGCCCAAUCCCGAGUCCAGUUCCAGAUAGAGAAGCUCCAGUUCCUGGAGAAUUACACGUGCCUGGAUCGGCAGGCCCUGGAGCAGUUCGUGCAGGUCAUCAUGGAAGCGUGGGUGAAGGGUGUGAACCCCAAGGGCAACUCUACGAACCCCAGCAACUGGGACUUCAGCAACUCCUUCUUCUUCGCCGGGACCGUGGUCACCACCAUCGGCUAUGGGAACCUGGCCCCCAGCACAGGGGCGGGCCAGGUGUUCUGCAUCUUCUACGCACUGUUUGGCGUGCCGCUCAAUCUGACCUUCCUCAACCACCUGGGAAAAGGCCUCAGCGCCCACCUGGCUCUGCUGGACACCUGGGGACACCAGACGGGACGCUCUCGGGUCCUGCGGACUCUGGCCCUGCUGGUCUUCCUGGCGGCCGGGACCCUCCUCUUCCUCGUCUUCCCCCCCAUGAUUUUCAGCUCCGUGGAAGGGUGGAGCUUCGGCGAAGGUUUCUACUUUGCCUUCAUCACCCUCAGCACCAUCGGCUUCGGGGAUUACGUCGUAGGCACCGACCCCAACAAGCACUACAUCUCCGUGUACCGGAGCCUGGCCGCCGUCUGGAUCAUCUGUGGCCUGGCCUGGCUCGCCCUCGUCUUCAACUUGGCCUCCAGCCUGGUGGAGAAGUUCCUGCAGCUUCACCUGGACGGCGCCGAGCGCGGGCCCCCUGAGCAGGUCGAGGAGGCCCUCAGAAAGCGCCAGGAGCAGCCCGGUCGCAACAAAAUCCGACACGUCCCGUCUCCAGCCGACGCGGCGGAACAGCGCCACGGGAUACCGAAGCCGAAGGAAUCUCGGGAAGUCACCCGGUCCGGCCCCCCUCCUCUAGCUUCCGAGCCCUGA